AUGUCUCUUCCCAGCCAUUUCCCGCUGAAAGCAGCAGAAGGCAAGACCAUCCACAUCCCUUCCGUCGGAUUCGGAACAUUUUCUCCAGGGAGCCCUGGGUGGUGUAAGGAUGCGGUUCUGAUCGCCCUCAAGGCCGGGUAUCGACAUCUAGACUGUGCUUGGAUAUACGGUGUCGACGAAGAAGUUGGAGCCGCGAUACGAGAAUCAGGGAUUCCUCGAUCCGAAAUCUUCAUCACCUCCAAGUUCCGGGGCCAUUUCGCCGCGCCGGAAAAUGUUGAGCUCUCUCUCGAUAAAGUCCUCCAGGGAAUGGGUCUAGACUAUGUCGACCUUUUCCUCGCCCACUGGCCGGUCGCGCUCAAGCCGGUGUCGAAGGAAGCCCUGAAGAGCAAGGAAGGUAGUUUUGUGCCGACAUGGCAGGCGAUGAAAAAGCUGGUGGCGACGGGCAAGACGCGCGCCGUGGGCCUGUCCAACUUCUCCAUAUCCGAGAUCAAAGAGCUGCUGCCGUACGCGGACGACGUGCCCAUCUCGUGCAACCAGAUCGAAGCGCAUCCCUGGCUCCCGAACAACAAGCUGAUCGAUUUCAUGAAAGAGCACGAUAUACUGACCGUCUGUUACUCCCCGUUUGCUGGGCAAAAGCCCCACGGAGCGACGUGGUUGUUGAACGACCCGACGGUCAAGAGAGUCGCGGAGAAGAACGGCAUGGAUGUCGGCCAGUGUCUCCAAAGCUGGCACGUACAGAGAGGGACUAUUCCACUAGGAAAGAGUCAGACAGAAUCGCGCAUCAAGUCGAAUCUGGCCGUCCGAAGACUUCCACUAGAAGACAUGAAGGCGCUUGACGACCUCGAACUCCCCGAUGGCAAGGGCAGGACGAUUGAUUUUUCGGACGCCUGGGGCGUCAAGCUGUUCACCAAUUGA